AUGAUAUUGGUACAAAUGGGUUAUUUUAAGGCAUGCUUCGAUGAUAAGCCAAUGUACAAACAGAUUAUUUUCUUCUGCACGGCUACCGUAGCUGUUUCCUCCUUCACAACAAAAAGCCCUCUAGAGAACUACUACUGGAAAUUGUAUUUACAAAAUACAAAAAUUCUUGAGGAGUUACGACAUCGAUAUAGACAGGCAGGAUUAGUGGAUGACGAUGAAGGCGCUUUAUGCACUAGCGACAAGAUCAUCAUAGAACGUCUACUUGACAACUAUAAAUCGUUCAAAACUCCUUCCGAAACGGGUGUGAUAGUGUGGAUAGAGGUAUGGGUACAAGAGGUAAAUUCAGUAAACGAAAUUACAAGCGAUUUUGACAUGGAUAUCUAUGUGACGGAACUAUGGUUAGAUCAUGCCCUACGAUACGACCAUAUGAGCCCAUGUAAAUUCAACUUGUCCCUCAACUCAGAGAUUUUGGACCAAAUUUGGAAACCAAACACUGUGUUUAUCAACAGCAAAGCAGCCCAUAUACAUAAAUCUCCAUUCAAAAAUGUGUUCCUCAUGGUCUAUCCUAAUGGUACGGUAUGGGUCAAUUACAGGGUGCAAGUGAAAGGGCCAUGUUCCAUGGAUUUCAGUGCUUUCCCAAUGGAUCGACAGUCAUGUCAUCUCACACUCGAAUCAUUUAGCUAUAAUAAUCAAGAGAUGUAUCCAGCAGGAAUAUGGAAUGAGCUAACAAUGACAUUCGUCUUUAGUCGACGCUACGGGUGGUACAUAUUUCAGGCCUAUAUUCCAACAUACCUCACUAUAUUCAUAAGCUGGAUAAGUUUUUGCCUUGGCCCAAAAAUGAUUCCUGCAAGAACAAUGCUCGGAGUUAAUUCGCUGUUAGCGUUAACGUUUCAAUUUGGAAACAUCAUGAGAAAUCUGCCACGAGUCAGUUACGUUAAAGCGCUUGCUACCUCUCAGCAAGUGAAUAACACUCUUGAAGAUGUUUGGAUGCUUGUUUGCUUAACAUUUGUCUUCUCAUCGCUCUUAGAGCUCGCAAUGAUAGGUGCAAUUGGUGCCAAAAUGGAAACAAAAGCAUCAUGUCCUAGCCAGCGGUCUCGCUCAUCUUCCUGUACAUCACCGCGUAUUUGUCGUAAUCACGUACAGUCCGAUUCACCCCAUGGAUUUCGUAGUUAUGGAACUACUGGUUGGUUAAUUUCGAGUUAGCC